GGAGGGAGAGAUGAGAGCAUUUGGGGUUGCAAAGGGAAGAGGUUGAGAAGAACAAGGAAAUAAUGGCUAUGAGGAACGAAGAAUAGGACAAGUGCAUGGUUGGUGAUCAAGAAGCGGUGAAAUUUGCAACUAGAUGACAGUUUGGUAGGAGCAAGGUCGGUUGUGGAAACACUAUUUGGGAGAGUUUGCAUGUCACCUAACGCAAACAGAGUCAUCACACCAAAUGAAUGGGAACCUAAACCUCAUUCCCUCGCUUCCUUGCUCUUCCUGCCGAAGAUGAAGGCGCAGCAUGUGUUCCCGCCUGCGCGCCCUCUCUGUGCAUCGCAAUUUGUGCUUGCUAACUAUGCUUGCUCGAUGCUCCCCUUUACUCCGACGCCCCCACCAACACCCCCCUCCCCUCCCCCUUCGCCCCCCGAUGAUGAUGAAGGACAGGAAGAGGAACAUGGCCGGGGCCAUGGACACGGUCACGGACAUGGACACAACCACGGACAUAGACGUGUCCAUCACAGGCACAGUCAUCAUGAUCAUCAACCCAUUCCUGCAGAGGAUAACUGUUGUAAGUGGUUGACCCAGCUGGACAAUCAAUGUGUGUGUGAGCUGCUGGUUCACCUGCCUAACUUCCUCAUUAGGCCUGCUCAUGCGUACACCGUGGUUGUCGGAGAAACUUGCACCAUUAGCUACACGUGCGGAACUCCGAUCAGGAUCAAGAUAUGAUGAAUAAAGCAUAUUUACUUGCUCAUCAGCGUACGGAAAAUUAAUUUAUUUGCACUCCUUGCUUAUAUUUGGUUUUAUAUGAUGUUUUCGUGGUAUGACUGUAAUACUUAAAAUUUAAAAUCUUGUUAAAAUUUGGCGUUGUUUA